AUGAUGACAAAACUUAUGGUAUUGCUAUGUUGUUUGGCUGUUGUGGCUUACUGUAGCCCUAUUGGACAAAGUAAGAACUUUCAAGUUUUAAGGGUAGGGUAAGGUAGAGCAAUGUAAGGGUACGGUAAGGUAGAGCAAUGUAAGGGUACGGUAAGGUAGAGCAAUGUAAAGGUAGGGUAAGGUAGAGCAAUGUAAGAGUACGGUAAGGUAGAGCAAUGUAAGAGUACGGUAAGGUAAAGCAAUGUAAGAGCACGGUAAGGUAGAGCAAUGUAAGGGUACGGUAAGAUAGAGCAAUGUAAAAGUACAAUAAAGCAAGCGUAUGAUAAGGCAUGGGUACAACAGAUGCGGCAGGAUAGGGUAGGGCGUGGCAUGGGAGUACAUGGCCGCUUACGGCAAGGCAGAGCAUAGAAAAGAAGGUCAAAGUAGGGUAGGGUAGGGUAGGGUAAGGUAGGGUAGGGUAGGGUAGGGUAGGGUAGGGUAGGGUAGGGUAGGGUAGGGUAGGGUGAAAAUUUAUAAUUAAAAAUUUUUAAUUUUAGAGCUUCAAGACGACAAGAAAAAUAAAAUUGUCAACCCACUCAGCCAUGUCCAAACAAACGCUAAUGGUGUUGGAAGCGGCAACAGUAACAGCGAUGAAAGUGAUAGCAAGAGUAAUGAAAAAGAUAACAACAAAAAUGACAAAAACUAUAAUAAUGGCAAAACCUUCACUAGCGAAGAGUGCGAAGACAACAAGUGUUACAACGAUGAUGGUUACUAUGACAAGUAA